GAUCAGAAGUCACGCUGGCCGCUAGCUGGUGGGGCUGAUCCUGUAGUCGAGCGGUUAGCGAUGCCUCCUGCGGUGUGGGCGAUACGGGUUCGCUUCCCGGCCGCGGCACUUCCUGUGAUUGCGUUGUCCCCCGAAUUCGCUUACAUAUUUAAUAUAUAUGUUAAAUUUUGGAGCAUAAAUUUAAGGUUUUCACAGCUUUUCCAUUGCAUGAACUAUAGAUAAUGUUCUAAUGGUGGCCUCUGCUUCCUUUUUAAAGGGACAAAAAGAGGGUUUAAUUUUUAACACCUUACAUUUAUGGGUAUAUAAAACUUGGCCAGCGAUGUGAUGAGGUUACACAGAAAACAUCCAUUUUCUAAUUCUCUUCUAUAAUUUGCAAAAAACCGAACGAGGCAUCCUUCGAGCAAAGCACAAAAGUACAUUUUAAGAAUCUUUGCUGUAUUUUCACAGACCCCUGCGUUACCGCUUCGUUACCCCUUCGUUACCCCUGACGUAAUAGCGGCGUUGAAAACGAGCUGCGCGCGCAGAACGUGUGGCAAAACGUGGCCGAGAAACCACGUGCGCACCUACGAGCGCGUAUAAAACCUGAAAUUAAAUGGAGAAAAGGUAGAAAUGUGAGAAAAUGGAGAUCUCAGAAUAUGCCUAAGGUCUAAGCAAGGGAGACGGAAAGCGUUACGAGUCGAAACUUCCGCUGAGCCCUGGAGAAAAACCUCCCUGCUUGCUGAAGCUCGGUGGACAGGGGAUAGCACAAAGUUGCCAAACAUGGGCCGGAGGGAUGUGACUGAGCACCCGUAGACACAACCAAGUAUAGUUACGAGAGAAUCAGUGAAGGCGUACAAGUCUUUAGGAGCGUGCGAUUACUUCGCUGGUGGACAUGUCCAAGACUGCUUGUACCAUCCGUCAUCGAAGGAAGACAAGUUCUGCUCCAUCAAAUCAAAGGUACUCCCAAGCCAACGUCAAGGUCAGAAGACUACACUUUACGAUGCAUGGGCGUGUUUAAACAAGGAACAUGGAUGGGUCCUGACAGGGAACUGUACCUGUGUGGCUUCCCUCGGCUCGUCGUGUAGCCGUGUACCCCCGCCCUUCUUCUCAAGUUAGAAGCAGCUGUUCAUUUUAAACUGGUGUGUUUAAACACUUGGAAUCCAGUCCGGGGCCUCUGGAUCAUCUGAUCUCUCCUUCGUCAUGUGUCUCCCGUACGGUUAUGAGACCGAGGCUGGGGUCAGAUUGUGACCUCAAACAUCGUGACACAAGAAAGCUGAUGGGAUCGUGGUCAGACUUGAGGAAGGCUGGGCAUUAACAACUAAACUUCUGCUUUGGCAGCUGCUCUGCUCGGACAGUGCCACAUUUAGAGCUGUUACUUAGGUCCACGAUGAUCCUGAUUAUCUGUUUCUUAACUACAGUUUCUUCCCAGGUGAGCGUCAACACUUCCAGGGGAAAAGAUGUCCUCAUCCCCUGCUCCCACAGCCAGGCUGACACAUCCAUGAAGGAUCUUUCCGUCUUCUGGAGGACCAGGGACGAAGAGAACGUGUACGACAUCCUGCAGGGCAACCCGGAUCUGUCCACUCAGGCAACUCAGUUCAAGGACCGAAUCACUAGCUUUCCCAAGUGGUACACGGUGGGGAACUUCUCUCUUGUCCUGCAGAAAUCCCAGCUGACUGACAGCGGUGUCUACAAAUGCUUCAUCCCCAAACUGGACGUUGAGCAGCAUGUGACGCUCACGGUCGCAGAUAAUCCCGUGGAGUCAGAGAAGGAAGAGAAACCUGUGGGUCCAGAGAAGAAGGUUGAACAGGACGUGCACACCGGAGACGGCAGCGUGGCUCUAACGUUUAACCUCCUCGGAGUGAACCUGCUUCUCCUCCUGGGACAAACGCUCCUCCCUCUUUAGCGAGAACUGCACACAGCCUCUUUCAUCUUCCCGAGGCCAGCUGCGUUCUGGAUAAUCUGUAUGCACACUUUCAGCAAUAGCUAGAGCCGUCACUGCGUAUUGUAGAUUCGGGCACCUGUGCGACAGUGGUCAUAACAUGUGCAGGCCGUGUUCACCAAAAACGAAGACUAUCACUUCAGCGUUAAUCUGUCUACCGACAGCAGGCAGGGGGCAACCGUGUGCAAUGGAGAGCCAGUUUCCCUCCAGCCCAACACUGCAUGAACUGAUUUAAUUGAUUAACAUACCCCAACAAAAAUGGAGGACUAACCAGUGAAAUCUAAGCGUUUCUGCAAGGUUUGAUUGCUUGGACGUUGUUUUCAACAAGUCAUGUUAUCCACGCAGUCUGACUUGAUGCUGAAGCCAGUGUUUCCCAAUCCCAUCCCUAAUCCACUGCUGUUCUGCAACCUUCCAUACAUAGGCCUGCUUGUACUUAUUCAACCAAUACCUGGAGUUUUUUUUAUAUAUAUAUAUAUAUAUAUAUAUAUAUAUAUAUAUAUAUAUAUAUAUAUAUAUGAAUCAGGAACAAUUUAUUGUAAUUUCUUUCAUGUACUUGCGUACACAAAAGAAGCAAAAUUCUGUUUCCCCCCAGCCCAACAGCAGUGCGACACAAGAGACGAAAACACACAUCCCAAAUUUCCCAAAUGCGACACCACCAAAAACAUACAAAAACAGAAGAGAAAGAAGCAAAAAACCAAAAAUAACCCCCACAAAGAGUUAGCAAAGCAGUCCGCGCAGUGGAACACAGUCCGGUCUGCAUGGGCUAGCAGUUAGCUUAGCCUGGCCCCGCUUCCGCGUCCUGUCAGACCGCCCUUGGUGUUAACUCUUCGGGCCCAGCUCCGAUCAGGGCCGUGGUCCCUGGGCCCGCAGGGCGCAGCAGACCGAGCUCUCCCAGCCGAUCCAGCGCCAGCUCUCCCAGCCAUCAAACGAAGACACAACGAACUUAGACGCAGAUGUGGACAAAGACACUGCGUGGACGGUACUGGGGUGAGGCCGCUGCAAACAUGAAUGCGCGCCGCCAUCUUCCCACUUCCAGUGUGCUAUAAGUCUAUGACGUGCUGUAAUGUGAUUGUCUAAGUGCGUGCGUGUAUGCAGGGCUACAUCUGCAGAGCGGGGGGGGGGGUCUUCAGGACUGGAUUGGGAAACGCUGGUUUAUGACAUGCAAGCGGAUUUUGAGAUUCCGCCAUUUCCCACGAUGCACAUGAAUCUGUCUUUUGUUGGUUGCUAUUCAGGCUCUCGAGAGGUGUCCAGAGAGUGACGUAUUUUGUGUACUCGCUUGUGUAAUUCUGAUCCAUGUAGCUACAGCACAGCUCAAAGCUGCUUGUGCAAAAUGUCUUAAACUAUAUAAGGACUUUAAGACCAACCUGUUGGCUGGACUAGCUAACCAGGGCUUUUGUCUAUUUAUUUAUCCUUCUUUUGACUAACUUAUUAUUAUUACUAUUAUUGUUAUUUCAGUUAUUUAUUAUUCACUGCUGAAAGUUCAUUGGACCAGUUUGUUCAGAAUGAAGGAAUGAAUGUUUCACCGAGCCAGAUUCAGGAGCCCGUUUAUUUUCUACAAAUUAAACCUGCAGGGUUUAAAGCGUUGUAGGGGCUCCUACGGCAAAAUGUGCCCCCCAUCUCGCAGAUCACCACAGGCAGGGAGGUUCUGACCCAGAUCUACUCCAAAACACACGUCCUGUAAAACCGGCGAUCCUCUGACAACAGUAAAGCGAGGCGAAGAUUGGACGUUCGGUUUUUCGUGGCCGGAGUAAAACAUGUACAAACGCUCUCGCUCCUCGUUUUAACGACGCGCCCCCGAUUCAAGCAGUGUCGGUCGACUCCCUCUCGGAGCGUGUGAAGUAGGGUUUAUUAUUUUCAAGGGCUUGCCGGAUUUGGCUGUAGAUCAUCACGGUUUCAGAGGAGGCCUUUGCGGUGGUUUUUUUUUCUUCUUUACAUUUGUCGACAUCCUGCUUUGAUUAAAGCUUUUAAAAGCUACAGACUGAAGUGUCCACGCAUUAAACUGCUCAUGUUUUUUUUUGUAAGUGCCCGUUCUUGCUUUUUCUGCUUGCCCACACUUGAGCAAACUAAUAAAUAAAUAAAUAAAUAAUUAAAAA